AUGGAGGGAAAGAAACGCGAUGAUGAACGUGAGGGUAUGCUUAUCCGGGGACAGGAAGAGCAUGGAGAUCAAGUCUAUGGGUCUGGCAUAGGCAUGAAAGGAGCGUAUUACAAUCGCGCUUCGGAGAAAUCUUUGAGCCAUGCUGAAGCCAAAUUAAUAUAUCGGAGACAUCAAAUGGAGACGUCAGAUCAAGAGCCAUAUGGCCCUCUCAAAAGAAUCAAAACUGCUCCGCCCAUUGAAAAUGAAGAGACUAUGCGGCUGGAGGAUGCUUUCGUACAAAACAAGAAGACAAAACUACAUCUUGACCAUAAGGUGUUAGCAAAUCACUUAGAUGCAGGCAUUCGUUUGCCUUCUCGCCAUUUUAAUGGACCUUAUGCAAUCAGCGAUGCUGGUUCAGACAUUGAUCACUCAGCAAUGGAGGAGACAAGGUACGCCGAGAUCGCAGGAGUGGCGCCGCCGGAUGUCUCGAUCGCCCCUCACUCGGACAUAUCUCCUGAGCUACACGAGAUCGCCCAAAACAUCCAAAAAGUUCUAAGGCUUCGACAGAAGUUCAUCCACCUUUCUCUCCAAGGUCCGGGUGACAAUCCAAAAGACCAUGAUGACUGGAAAAUCUAUCCGCUACCUCCAAACCCAAAGUGGGACAACAAUAAUAUGCCUAUCAGCAGCACCACGGGGGUAGAGGCUUCCACUGAACAGCAGCCCGCAAUGACGCCCAUGGAUGAAGGUAGGAAAGCAGGCCAGAAUGCUGGUGAAGAAUUCGACAUCAAAGAGCUAGAACCAUGGCCUGAAACAGACUUGACGGUGGACUUUAGACUUGACGAAAUGAGUGUAUAUCAGGUCUAUGAAUAUCCUGAAUCAGAGAGCAAAGCGCCGCUGGUGGAAGUUCCUACUCUUCGUACUUAUUAUCAAGCCAUGGAAGACAUCCAAGACGUGUCAUCGGAUGGCCCUACGAAGAGCUUUGCCUUUCGACAGCUUGAUAUUCUCGAAGGGAAAUUCCAACUUUAUUUCCUGGUAAAUUCGUAUGAAGAAACGGCAGGCUGCAAGAAGGUCCCUCAUCGUGACUUUUACAAUGUCAGAAAAGUCGAUACUCAUGUGCAUCAUUCCGCAUGCAUGAAUCAGAAGCACCUGCUUCGUUUCAUUAAGAGCAAGAUCAAAAAAAGCCCACAUGAUGUGGUAAUGUUUCGAAAUGGGCAAGAGUUGACGUUAGAACAAGUCUUCGCCAGUAUUCAACUAGACGCUUAUGACCUUAGUAUUGACACACUUGAUAUGCAUGCUCACUCGGACUCCUUUCACCGCUUUGACAAAUUCAACCUGAAGUACAAUCCCAUUGGUGAAUCACGACUCCGCGAAAUCUUUCUGAAGACCGACAAUUACAUCCAAGGUAGAUAUCUUGCCGAACUGACCAAGGAAGUUAUUUCGGACUUAGAGGCUAGCAAAUAUCAAUUCGUCGAAUGGCGCAUUUCCAUCUAUGGUAGAUCCAUUGACGAAUGGGACAAGUUGGCAGCAUGGGUUGUCGACAAUAAGCUUAUUUCGCAUAACGUUCGUUGGCUAAUUCAAGUUCCGAGACUCUACAGUAUGUACAGGGCGACUGGACAAAUAGAGAGCUUUGAGAAGAUAUUGGUCAACCUUUUUGAACCGCUCUACCGGGUAACUAAGGAUCCGUCAAGUAAUCCUAAGCUUCAUGUCUUCCUGCAGCGCGUAGUCGGCUUCGACAGCGUAGACGACGAAAGCAAGAUCGAGACGCGGCUUUAUCGAAAGUUUCCACCACCGAAGCAGUGGGAUACGAAACAGAACCCGCCAUACACCUACUGGAUCUAUCAUCUUUAUGCCAAUAUGACUUCGUUGAACAAGUGGCGUCACCGGCGAGGUUUCACCACAUUCGUUCUACGGCCGCACUGCGGCGAAGCAGGCGAUAUCGACCACUUGGCUGCGGCAGCACUGUGCUGUCACAGCAUCAGCCACGGCCUCAUGUUGAGGAAGGUCCCAUUACUGCAAUACAUUUUCUACUUGGAUCAGAUCGGCAUUGCCAUGUCACCCUUGAGCAACAAUGCGCUUUUUCUCUCGUAUGACCGCAAUCCUUUUCCCAAGUAUCUUCGAAGGGGCCUUAACGUUUCACUCUCUACCGACGACCCCUUGCAAUUUGCCUUCACCAAAGAGCCUCUCAUUGAAGAAUACUCGGUUGCGGCACAGAUCUAUCGUCUGAGCGCCGUAGACAUGUGUGAGCUAGCUCACCACUCUGUGAUCCAAAGCGGAUUCGAACACGAGCUGAAGAAGCGUUGGUUAGGCGACUGCUACCAUCUGCCUGGCGUGCAAGGUAAUAGCGUCGCCAAAAGCAACGUGCCUGAUAUCCGAGAGAAGUUUCGCUACGACACGCUCAUGGAGGAAUUGGAGAUGAUCGACAGAUUCGCAGCUGAAACUCCCGCAUCACCGCAGCUCACAAACCUCAUGCCACCCUCCCAAGCUCCGGCCUCCCCAUCACUCCGGAAUUCUCCUACCGCGCCCUUGAAUCCCGCUCGUAUUCCUACCAGCUAUUCAAACGCAGACCUUGCCUCAAGGAGAUUAGACGGCUCGGCCAUUCCCCGAUCUUCGUCCCUCAUCAUGUCGCCAACAAACAUCACAAGCGGCGUCUCCUACAGCCCCACAGCGCACCACCAUCAUCCGAAGAUCUUCCCUGGCAUUGUCCACGAGCGGCAUCGGAGAACUAGCGUGAGACAGGGUAGCGGAUCGGAAACGGAUGGGGAUGGGAGUAUGACGGGAAGUGGCGUCUUAGGAGAGAGAAAGAGACCGACAAGCUCGGAGGUGGGAGAUGGGCCUAUGAAUGGAGCUGUGUUGGAGGAGGCAGCUGAGGACGCUUAA